AUGCAUCGGACUGCCCUCAUCGCAAGACCAUCUCUCUCCGGUGAUGCCACGCCGGUCUCCGGUGUCGCAGGGCAGCUCGUCCCCAACAGCAUCGGUGAGAUGAUGCCGCACGGACACGGCGCGAGCAGCGCAAUUCCCAGUGUUCGCACCAACCACCAGCAACACGACCCACCAUUGCACCGACCCUUUGAUGGUCAUAAGGCGCCGAUCGCGCCGCCACCCAGCAAUCACCUGCCGCUCAUCAUCCAUCUUUGGCUCGCCAUCACCCAUCCUCUCAUAUACCAUGGAACCAAGCCCCAGCUCCAGCUGCACAAGACGGCCAACCCGCGCGGACUCGUCCUCGUCGUCUCGCUCUUGGACGUGGACGAGGGUGCGCCCCAGGUCCUGACCACCCAUGGAACCGCUCUUCGCGCCGUCAGUGGCGUGUUUGAGCGAGUCCUCAAAGAUGUCGACCUCUUGAGCUACCAGCCGACUGUCAAGGUACCCUCCAAGCUCGCCGACAUGGCCCCGUUCCUCCGUUUCCUCGAGGCCGGCGGUCCAAAGGGAUACCCACUCACGGAAACCGCAAACACACUGCACGCUCGCCCCCUCCUCUCCAUUGUCGCCAUGUGUGAAGCCUACGCCGUUCGGCCCUUUGUGCGCGACAUGCUCACGCACCAUGUCGACACACACGCGGCGUUGCUCGUCAACAGUCCGAGAGCGCGCGCAGACCGCGUUCUCCUCGCCCGUCUGGCUCACGCUGCUCGCUCCCCACAGCUCUGGCGCGCCCUCCUUGAUCUCAACCAGAACGCGCACCACGCCCACCCGUCUGCGAGUUCAGAUACCCUCGUCACUGAUGUCGAGAAGGAGGGCGAAGAAAAGGAUGGCGGCGACACCCACAGCCACCAAACGCGCCGCCACAAGAAACCGUGGUGGCCGUCGACGCAGGAAGCGCAGGCCCUCGGGACUGUGCCGUAUUGCGCUAUAUUGUUUGUGGCCAACGAAAGCGCCCUCGGGCACGACGUGCGUGACCUUGGCAUCAAGUACAUUGGCGACCAACUGUUCUUCUUCCGUUCCCAGCAAGAAGACAGUCUCCUUCACAUUGGUUAA